AUGGACCAGAAUUACGAGAGGCUCAAGGGUCAGGGGCUGGAGUUGGAUGAUAGCUGGAAGAUUCUCUUCCUCGAGGAGAGCAUCGGCUUAGACGAGAGCGGCAUGCAGAUGCUGAGAGUUAUGAGUCGCGGCUCCAAGGAUUACGAGGAGGUGAUCGGAGCAGUGAGAGAGAUGGGCGUGACUCUUAACGAGGCCACGGCGGCGACGUGCGCCGCGUGCGAAGAUGACGACGACCUCUGCGAGUGCAGCGACGUGUCUUCCAUGACAUCCGAGCAGGAGGCAUGGCUGCUGGAGUCCAUCGCAGAGGCCGACGUGGACGAGCACGAGUUGCCCGAAGUACUGGCAACACUGAAGAAGGAGCGGAAGAAUACCUGGAAGGAUAACCGGGACGCAAGAGACAGCUUCGAGUCGACAGAAAGAGUGGCUACAGGGGGCGGAUUUGCGCUGCUCAAUGGGUCGGGCCCGACCUGCGCGAUCGUGGCCGCGAAGGAGAGAAAUUCGUUCUGCGCGCGCGAUUUUGCACGCGGGGUCGCGGACCGCGCGCGGUCCGCCAAGGUCGAGGUCAUGAGCCUGUUGGUCACCGACCCAGGGGGCAUCGCUGUGGGCGCAGCGGCCGGCCAGGCGCUGAUCGGGCCACGGGCCCUGAAGCGGCUGGAGCAGCGCCUGGGCGAGCUGGGCUUGCGGGUCGCCGGGGCCAAGGGCAUUCACGAGUGCGCGAGAGGCGUCGGCGGCAAGACGCCGGCGCGGCCGGGGCUCCUGAUUCCGACCGGCAUCGAGGGCAAAGCAGGCAUCAUGAAGCUGGACCUGAUCGAGCGGGACGCGCCAGCUGUCGUGCCGAUCGGCAUGCAGGAGCAGAUGAAGGCCGUGAUAGACCUGCCGAACGCGGAGAUGACUCCGAGGCAGUUGGGGGCGACCGCCCGUUUGAAGCGGCUGUCGAGCGGUCAUCGGACGAUUGCGAUCGGCAAGCUCGGCCGCCCAGAGGAUUUUGAGCUCCCG